GUUGUUACAGGCAGCAGCAGUAACAUGACUCUCAUCAAAUGCUGGCCGGACUCUUGUAGAAGCACACGACUAAAACGGCCACUUGAUCACGAAGCGCGAACGAAAAGCUCGCAGUGCAGGAGACAAAUGGUUGAAACAGACUAUUCAUCGCAAGGUCAUGAUUGCAUGUGUCGAUGUUUCUCGGGUUCAUGUGGACGGAUUUUAAACUGGAUAAGUGACACUCGACCGUACAUACCCCCAAAAGAUCCUGAGGCGAGGAGAUGGUACGAACGUGGGAAAUGCUCGCGGUUUAACCUCAUGUUUCCGUUUUUAACUUUGCUUCUGGCUAUAGUGGAUACGGCAAUGGAUGUGAGAGUGGCGGUGUCUCAUUAUCGCCGUGGUGACGACAUCUGGGCUUCGCUCACGCUCGCCUUUGUAAUAAUUUCGGUUGUCAUUAUCGAAAUAGUGUCUGCGAACUGGUAUUUGGAGGAUGAAAAGGGUUAUAAGAAGGAAAUCCUUAAGAAACACGGAUUGGAAAUAAAAAAGUGGCAUUAUUUGUGUCAUUUUAUCCUGUGUGGAACUCUCUUAAGGUAGGGACAGUUUAGUAUAGCUGCCUUAACUCGUAAUGUUUCUUGACCAUCCUUCUGUGUUUUAGUUUUAUAGAAGCAA